UGUCCUGGUCAUUCACUACGAUUUCAAAAACGAUCCUAAAUUGAUCCGAAAUGGAGACGCUUGUGACGUUGAUCGCCUGAAGAGUAUCUUCGGGGAAAACCGGAAUUGCAAUUUCCGUAAUUUCCGAUCACCGAACAAAAAGACUUUGCUUCAACUUCUGGGUGACCAAGAAAAGCUUUUACAGUACUUUAACUCAAAAGAUGACGUGCCCUCUGUUUUCGUGCUUUUCAUUCUCUCUCAUGGGACUGAAAACGGAACAAUAUUGACAGACCUUUUAGAUAGUGAAACAAACAAAUACGAAUGUUUCACAACAGAUGAGGUCUUGGACUCAUUGCAGAAGCUACGGAAAUUCGAAAAAUGUCUGAAAGUUGUAAAUUUUGGGCCAUGUCGGGGGAUGUUGGUGGAUUCAAAGUUCGUCAAGAAGAAUUCAGGCGUAAAUUAUGAAAACGAGAAUUCAUGCAGAAUCACCAAUCGCCCAGGAAUGCACAACUAUGUCGUGUUCUAUUCGACAGUUGAAACGACAUUGGCUAACACUGAUGAAAAUGGUUCAUGGCUAGUCCGAAACAUCUGCGCGUGUCUGAACACAGCUGAUGAUGAGUCCUUGUUGCAAUUUUUCACUAUUGUUCAGAAUCGCAUGCAUCAAGAGUCACGCUAUUCAGUGAACUUGGCACAAAACACUCAUAUUGGGCAGACACCAGAGCUCAAAAUGUUUCAACAAGACAUAAAAUUCAUUAUCUCAAAGGCUAAAAUCCCAGCAAAACCUUCUUCAAGCACUGAUGGGUCUGGUAACGUGAGCAAAGUCUCAAAUGAAAUACAAUCCGUCAACUUCUCCUGGAAAUCAGAUGAAAGACAAGAUAUCAGGGGUCGUAGAGGUUUUAUUUUAUCAGUGGUCCGAAACAAACAAGUGCAAGAAAUGACAAGAGCUCUUCAGAACCUGGACUUCGAAGUUACAGACUGGAUACUGAGUAGUAAAUCCCUGGAGUUUUAUUUAAAGACAGGUGAGCAGAAGCCAACGAAGGCGAUAAAUUAG